AUGCAGCAUGAAGACUUGGUUUGUGCUCUCCUUCAGGGAGGAGGAUGUGCUGAUUUAGUGGCUGUACCUGCAUAUCAUAUCAUUUCACCUCCAAAAAAGUUGGAUUUAGCUUCUGCUGCUGCCUUGCCGCGUGCAGCAUGUCUCAUUUGGCAUUGUUUUUUUCUCAUGAACAAGCUUACCAAUGGUCAAAAAGUUUUGAUACAUGGAGGAGCAGGGGGAGUUGGAACAUUGGCGAUUCAGAUUGCGAAGCACUAUGGCUGUCAAGUAUUUGCAACCGCAGGAAGCAAGGAAAGGGUUGAACUUUGUGCAGCAUUAGGAGCUGAUGUUUGCAUUAACCACAAGGAGGAGGAUUUCUCUCAACGUGUAAAAGCUGAAACUAAUGGGGCUGGGGUCAACUACAUACUUGAUUGUGUUGGAGUGAACUUUUUGAACCAGAAUGUCAAAAGCCUCGCGUACCGUGGCAAGUUGAUAAUAAUUGGAUUUGAAGAUCCAUGGGGAUUCGUAAAUUUCAACAGCAAGGCGCUUGAGGAUAUGGAACUUGAAAUUAUGGGUGCAGACUUAAAUACUUUACAUUUGGUUGAAAAAGCAAGGCUACUUCUGCUAGUCAAGAAGAACAUAUGGCCAUUAGUUGAAGUAGGUUCAAUCAAACCGAUAAUUGGCAGGACUUACACAUUCGACAAAGCUGUUGAUGCACAUAGGUUGAUCGAAAAACAUGGCAAUCUAGGAAAGAUCCUGCUAAUUCCUGAUAACACCUAGUUUUCUUUCUACUUGUAAAGAUCCCAUAUUUAUGGUGAAUUGUGGUGGCUUUUGUA